AUGGCUGCUACUCCUUCUUCUACUUACCCUUUUGGAGUUCCUUUCCACUCCCUGGGUCGAAGAGUGGAUUCCUCAACCUCCCUGUUCCCCCUCCACGUGGACCUCUCUACAAUUUCUAUGUCCCCUCGUUCUACUUCAAAGCACAAAAGGGACAUUGGGGUAAUUCCCCAACUGGAGCUUUCAAUGCCUUAUACUUCCAUACCGUGUUUGAUUGCAUUUGGAGGGAAAAAACAGAAUGAAGAGGGAAGAAUGGAGGGGACUAACGUCCCUUCUCACUUAGGAUUAGUUGAUCGAGUAUGUGCACAGCUUGAUAGUGAUGAUUACUACUGGGAGAAAGUUCCAACACCCAUUCUUGACAUGGUUGAAAACCCUUUUUGCUUGAAGAAAUUAUCUCUUAAGGAGCUGAAACAGCUAGCAGUUGAAAUCCGUUCAGAUUUGUCUUCUAUUAUGUCAGGUACACAAAUAUCACCUAAAGCAAGUAUGGCAGUGGUGGAGCUGACAGUUGCAAUACAUCAUGUUUUCAAUGCUCCAGUGGACAGAAUAUUGUGGGAUGCUGGGGAUCAAACAUAUGCACAUAAGAUUCUUACUGGAAGGCGAUCUCUCAUGAAAACAAUGAGAAGAAAGAAUGGUCUUUCUGGUUUUACUUCCCGAUUAGAGAGUGAAUAUGAUGCAUUUGGUGCAGGUCAUGGAUGCAACAGUAUUUCUGCUGGACUGGGCAUGGCAGUUGCCCGGGAUAUUAAGGGGAGGCAAGAACGUGUAGUUGCAGUUAUCAGCAAUUGGACAACUAUGGCUGGUCAGGCGUACGAGGCAAUGAGCAAUGCAGGAUAUUUGGACUCAAAUAUGGUUGUGAUUUUGAAUGAUAGUCGUCACUCUUUACUUCCAAAAAUUGAUGAGGGCCCAAAGACAUCUGUCAAUGCCCUAUCUAGUACCCUGAGCAAGCUUCAGUCCAGUAAAUCUUUCCGAAGAUUUAGAGAAGCUGCUAAGGGUGUUACAAAACGAAUUGGUAGAGGUAUGCAUGAGUUGGCGGCUAAAGUUGAUGAAUAUGCUCGUGGUAUGAUAGGUCCCCUAGGUUCUACUCUUUUUGAGGAGCUUGGGUUGUACUACAUAGGCCCAGUGGAUGGACACAAUAUUGAGGAUCUAAUAUGUGUUCUGCAAGAAGUUGCUUCCUUGGAUUCAAUGGGACCCGUGUUGGUACAUGUGAUAACUGAUGAAAAUAUUCAGAAAAGUGAUAUAACAAAUAGGCAACAAAAGGAUGAUCCUUUUAAAUCUGAUUCGUUAGAUAAUGUUGUUCGGCCUCGAACAUAUGGAGAUUGCUUUGUGGAGACUUUGGUUGCAGAAGCUGAGAAAGACAAAGAUAUUGUGGUUGUUCAUGCAGGAGUAACGAUGGAGUCAUCCCUUGAACUGUUUCGGGGGAAAUUUCCGGAUAGGUUUUUUGAUGUGGGAAUGGCUGAGCAACAUGCUGUCACAUUUGCUUCUGGUUUGGCAUGUGGUGGCUUGAAGCCAUUUUGCAUUAUACCUUCUUCCUUUCUGCAAAGAGCCUAUGAUCAGGUGGUACACGAUGUUGAUCAACAGAGAAUUCCAGUGCGCUUUGUCAUUACAAGUGCAGGGUUGGUAGGUUCUGAUGGUCCCCUCCAAUGUGGAGCAUUUGAUAUAACCUUUAUGUCAUGCUUACCAAACAUGAUUGUCAUGGCACCAUCUGAUGAGGUUGAACUCAUGCACAUGGUAGCCACUGCUACUCAUACCAACAACCAACCAGUCUGCUUUCGGUAUCCAAGGGGUGCCCUGGUUGGGAAAGGCUACACUGUAGGCGAUGAAUUCCCCAUCAAGAUAGGAAGAGGCAGAGUUCUUGUUGAGGGUAAAGAUGUUGCUUUCCUAGGAUAUGGAUCGAUGGUUCAGAACUGCCUAAAGGCUCAUUCGCUCCUUGCAAAACUCGGCGUUGAGGUGACUGUUGCCGAUGCAAGGUUUUGCAAGCCCCUUGACAUCAAACUUCUGAGGCAGCUUUGUAAAUAUCACUCUUUUCUAAUUACUGUUGAGGAAGGAUCUAUUGGAGGAUUUGGUUCCCAUGUUGCUCAGUGUAUUGCAGUUAAUGGACUACUCGAUGGAAGAAUUAAGUGGCGACCAAUUGUCUUACCUGACACAUAUAUUGAACAUGCAUCACCAAAUGAACAGCUUGACCAAGCAGGGUUGAGUGGACAUCACAUUGCUGCCACGGCAUUGAGUUUGCUAGGCCGUACACGGGAAGCUCUGCAAUUUAUGUGUUCCUGA